UAUGGCUAUCUCUGUUAUUGUUUGUUAUUUUCUCCAGCAGGCAUCUGCUGCACAACCGCACAGCCAUGUCUCGGAUUGACGAUUUACCAUAUUCUAAGCCACCAAAACAGAAAGCUUUGCACCAAAAAGCUUCCGCAGCAUCUCAUUUACAAGCGAAAGAUCCCAACGAUCGAAUUAAGGGGUCUUUUUCAGCACAAACAGCACAGAAGGCCUCCAAAAGAAGUUUGAAGAAUGAACCAUCCCUAACAUUUCAGCAGCCCGAAAGGUCGAAUUCAGAUUCUUUGCCUGAUUCAUCUGCAUCUGGGAAUGAGUACCGUGCUUUAAGAAGAAAAUAUUUACUCCUGGAGGAAGAGAGCUUUACUCUGGGAACAGAAUUGAAAGAAGUUGAAGAUGAAGUGAAGACCCUUGAAGAAGAAAAGCUUAGUCUGUUGGAUGAACUUCUUGUUUUAGAAGGACUAAUCGAUCGUUCAGAAUUGCAGCUUGCCCAGUCAAAUUUACCACAACUUUAGCUCCCUUGUUGCUAAUUUUCUACCUUUUGUGAUAAGUAGAGCUGGAAAAACAUGUAUAGUUUUGUUAGGAGCUGCUAUGGAUAUAAGAAAGACUGUUUAACCUUUUAAGCCAUUGUAGGCUGGAGGUUAACAAGACAAGAAAGGAAGCUCCUUUAAUAUAAUUUUUCCUCCCCCUUCUGAAAAUGCCAUUUCUGUAAUCUUAAGUUUCAUGAUUAAAUGGGUUAAUUUUUAUAA